GAGCUGCAUCAGCCUGGCAGAGGCCUGAGAUCCGGCGGGUGCCACUGAGCACAGCGGUGCUCCUUGGGUGGAUCCAGCAGCGUGUCCCCGCACCCGGGGUGGCAUCAGGGGCACCUGCGAACUGCCGGGGGCACGAGGGACACCCAGAGAGGGAGCCAGAGGGAGCAGGGAGAGCAGGUGAAAGAAGAGUUCUGGGGAAACCGCGUGAGAUGCCAGGCUGUGCCAAUGCCAGCCCCCACCCUGCAGCCCGCCCAGCUCCGUGAGUAACCUUCGCCGGGACCCGCUGCUGCUCUGAGGAACAACUGUGCUCGCCUCGUGCUGCUGGGUGAGAAAUUCCUCUGCGGGAGGAGGAGGAGGAGGACGGCAGCAACACUCGAAGCCUGCUGGAAUCGCUGGCUGUUCUGGCAGAAAACCCGCAGGAGCCUUCAAGCUGGAACUGUGCAGAGGGACAGUGCCGCCGGAGGAAGUGGCAAAGCCCCGGUGGCGAGAAGAGCCCGAGUGGGAUCGUCUCUAAAAGCCAGUCCUCUCCUUCAGCGUCCCUUUAAGCUUCAUUUCGUCUGGGUUUCACAUCUGCUGGAAAACAAACCGGGAUAAGGCACCACACACCCAGGGAGCAGAGCUUGGGUCGUGCCUGGCUGGCUGCACACACGGCGCUGGAGAGGGGCAGGGUUUUUCCAGGGGGAAUUGCCGCCGUUCCCAGCUCCGGCCGUGUCCCCUGCUCCGUGUCCCCUGUCCCUGGGCGCCGCUUGAUGGGGAUCUCUGCCGCAGCAGCAGGCUCUGCACUCCCGGGCGGGCGAGCGGGGCUGGCACGGGGCGCUCCUGGAUGCUGGGAAGGCCGUGUGGAUAAGCUGCUGGCAGAAGAUCCCUUCUGGAGCAGCUGCUGGCUGUAGGCCCACCGAGCCAAGGGUCAGGAGAGCCCGUCCUGCAGCAUGACUUCCAAGCCGGAGCAGAAGGAGAGCCCCCAGGCCAACGGGGCCGUGGUGCCCGGGGACUGCCUGGCCAGCCCGGAGCCCUCGGAGUUCCUGGGGCCCGAGGGCUCCGCGGUGGAAGCGGUGGUGCUGGAGUCCCGUGCCAACGCCAAAGGGGUGAGGGAGGAGGAUGCCCUGCUGGAAAACGGCAGCCAGAGCAACGAGAGCGACGACACCAGCACGGAGAGGGGUCCUGAGCCCGCCUCGCCCCUCAAGGAAACCUCGUUUUCCAUCGGGCUGCAGGUGCUCUUCCCCUUCCUCCUGGCGGGCUUUGGCACGGUGGCCGCCGGGAUGGUGCUGGACAUCGUGCAGCACUGGGACGUCUUCAAAUACGUGACUGAGGUGUUUAUCUUGGUUCCUGCUUUGCUGGGCCUCAAGGGGAACCUGGAGAUGACGCUGGCAUCCCGCCUGUCCACAGCUGCGAACAUUGGCCAAAUGGAUACACCCAAAGAGCUCUGGAAGAUGAUUACAGGGAACAUGGCUCUGAUACAGGUGCAGGCCACCGUGGUUGGCUUCCUGGCCUCCCUUGCAGCCGUGGUGUUCGGCUGGAUCCCGGACGGGCACUUCAGCCUGGCGCACGCCGUGCUGCUGUGUGCCAGCAGCGUGGCCACCGCCUUCAUCGCCUCGCUGGUGCUGGGCAUGAUCAUGAUCGGGGUCAUCAUCGGCUCCAGGAAGAUGGGGAUCAACCCUGACAACGUGGCCACGCCGAUUGCUGCCAGCCUGGGCGACCUCCUCACCCUGGCCCUGCUCUCAGGGAUCAGCUGGGGCUUGUACAAGGAGCUGGAGAGCAAAGCCUACGUGAACCCCUUGGUGUGCGCCUUCUUCAUCUCCCUGCUGCCCAUCUGGGUGAUCCUGGCCAAGAGGAGCUCUGCCACGCGCGAGGUGCUCUACUCGGGCUGGGAGCCCGUCAUCAUCGCCAUGGCCAUCAGCAGCGUCGGGGGCCUGAUCUUGGACAGGACGGUGUCGGACCCCAACUUCGCUGGCAUGGCAGUUUUCACACCCGUCAUCAACGGCGUGGGUGGCAACCUGGUGGCAGUGCAAGCCAGCCGCAUCUCCACCUACCUGCACAUGAGCGGGGUGCCAGGAGACAGCCCCGGGACGGCCCCUCGGAAGUGCCCCAGCCCCUGCAGCACCUUCUUCAGCUCAGACGUGAACUCCCGCUCUGCCCGCGUGCUCUUCCUGCUGGUGGUGCCCGGGCACUUGGUGUUCCUCUACACCAUCCACUCCAUGCAGGGCGGACACACCACGCUCACCCUCAUCUUCAUCCUCUUCUACAUGACAGCAGCGCUGCUCCAGGUCCUGAUCCUGCUCUACAUCGCAGACUGGAUGGUGCACUGGAUGUGGGGCCGGCACCUGGACCCCGACAACUUCUCCAUCCCGUACCUGACAGCUCUGGGGGACCUGAUUGGGACGGGGCUGCUGGCCCUCAGCUUCCACGUGCUCUGGCUCAUCGGUGACCGGGACUCCGACGUGGGGGAUUAAAUCCUCCUCCCUCCCCACAGCUCUCCUCCUUCCCUCUGUCGUUUCCUCGCUUCCCCCUCCUCCUGCCCCAUCUCUCCCUCUCUCGAGACUUCACCUUUGAUACUGGAUUCUCAUUAUUUUCAAUGGGAAUUUUACGUGGUUUAUAUUUCAAGCCGAGUUUGUACAGAUCUAUCUAGUUUUAGGGAGGACGGACAAACAAACAAAGUGUAACGAGACAAUCACCAAGUGCAAUUUUCGUAGCAGUUGUGUCUGAGCCCGGGUUCCAGUGAAGUUCCUGCCCAGCCAGGUGGUGCUGGGAGCUGCCCCUGCCCACCCCCUCCAGGUGAAGGGCUGCUUUUUUUUUCGCUUCAUAAGCGUUUUAAACCCUGCAGGCCCAGCUCAGCUUCCUGCUGAGCCGAGUUCAGCCCCAGGGCUGAGGGCACAGGGGACCCCUGCCUUGGCUCUCCCGCAUCCAAAAACGGGCAGUGUCGGUGAGGGGGGUGAGGAGGAUGGUGAGGAAGGCUCCUGUGUUCACCCCAGGGAUGUGAGUGAGCUCAUGUGGGAGCCCCAGCCCCUGGCUGGGCCCUGCUGGCAGCUUCAGGCUCCCUUUUGCCCCCCAGCCCAGACCUCAGUGUGUUCCUUCCGCCCUGCUGAGCCGAGUUCAGCUGCUCUGAGCUUCACCCCGAGGGGCUGGGAGCUCUCCCCAGCCACCAUCCCCACUUCCAGCUGCCAGAGAUCCCCGGCUGGAGCGCUCCUGGGCGCUGUCUCCCUGUGCUGCUCCGUGUCCCUGGCUGUCCCGGAGGGGUGGGUGGACAAACAGCUCCUGGGCUUUGUGUCCAGGUUUCCUUUUGGUUGCUGAGUGCUGCUGAGGGGCCCCUUGCAGCCAGGAGGGAGCCCCCCAGCAGCUCCCCCAGCUGAGGUGUUCCCAGCUGGGGAGGAGCACUUGCUUAGGGAAGGACACCCGUGGGCUCCACGGGAUUUCUCUGCCUGUGUGGGUCCAAAACAGCUGGAAGUGCAGCACAGCUGGAUGGCUGGAGCCCGGGCUCUUGGUGCAGCUCUGUGCAACCCCUGUCGUGGUGUGAGGGCUGGGGUUGGGGUUCAGCCCAGCUGGGGAGCGCAGGAUUCCCGCCCCUGCUGCUUUUUGUGCUGCUCAGGUCAGGGCUGGCUGAAAUUCCUUCUCUUCCCCUCAGGCCCAGCUGGGAGGGCAGCAAAAAGCCAGAGCUGGUGCAGCCAGGUGGGCAAAGGGAGACCAAAGUUAGUCCAGGACCAUUGUGCCAGCCCAGGGUCUGGGCGCGGAGCUGGGACAUCCAGGGAUGACGCUGUUGGAGAAGAGGGUCAGGAUUAGGGAGUUCUGGAAUUCCAGAACAGCUGGAGCCAAACCGGGCUCUUGGCUGCUCCAGGCCCUCUCUGGAGUUGUGCAAACCCUCCCCUGCUGCUGGAGGUGUGCAGGAGGCAGAGGUGGGCUCCUUGGCCCCUCAGAGGAGCAGGUGUUGUAUUUUGGAGAUGAUUUCCCCCUUUCUCCCCUUGCUAAUCCAGCAUCAGGCUCCCUGCCCCUCCUCUUUGCUCCGUGUCCUGUGUGGGAGCAGCUCUGAUCUCCUCUCCCCACUCUGGUGACAUUUCACACAUCUCCUCUGGCCAAAGCUGUGCUCAAAGUGAAAAAAAAAAAACAAAACCCAACCACAAACCCAGCGCUGUCCCUGCAGUGCUGAGCUCUCAGCCCAGGGACUUCUGCAAUACUUUCUGGAAUAUUCUCAGCUGCUCACCUGAUUUCCCUGCCUGAUCUUGAGGGAUAAAUGCAAUUCCUUCCAUUAACACUUCAGCUUUUUGGGAUGUAGAGAGAAACUCUGCUGGUGUCACAUCACCACUUAAUCCCCCAGGAAGAGAUUUCCCGGAGGAGGAAUCUGCCUCUCCUGGUGGGGCUGGGGGCUGUGUACGUUAAAGAUGGUCAAAGGUGUGCUUGGGCAGUGGUCAGGGAAGAAUUUCAUUUAAAACUGAGGAAUACUGAUGGAAAAACAAAGCAAAGCAAAACUCUUCCCACUGGUUGCACUCCAAUGCAUGCCUACUCUACAGCUGCCUGCAGAUGAAAAUCCUGGUUUACUCUUUUAUUAAAGGAAAAAGACUGUCUUAAUUAUUUAUAGUUCCUAUAACUGACAGAUGUCGACCUAAUGGAUAAAUUAUAUUUGGUUAAAUAAA